AUGUCAAGAGCAGCAAAAGCUUUUCUCCUUCUCUAUACAACAGUGCUUGUUCUCUUCAUUAUUUACCGGCUUUUGCAGUUCAAUGUUCAUAAAGUAGAUUAUGCUGGAGGUUAUGCACUACAUAUCUCAUUCGUUAAGGAACAUCCAUCCAUCUUUCCCAGCUACCCUGAUAAAUAUUCACGUAUUUUUCACAAUAGUUUCGAUGAUCAAAAGAAGUACUCGCUUCCAGCUAUUGAUGAAAAAGACGUAGUGGUAUUAAGCAAGAUGAAUUUUAGCUCUUUUGUUGCCAAUAAUCAGUUUGUGUUGGUGAAUUUUCAUGCUCCAUGGUGCCACUGGAGCAGGAAACUCAGCCCGGAAUAUGCACUGGCUGCCACUGAGCUAAAAGGUGAGGUGGUGACGGCAAAAGUCGAUUCUAGUAAGGAAGAAGAGUUGGCACUUAAGAGGUAUCAAAUUCUUGCAUAUCCAACUAUAUGUUUCUUUGCCGGUGGAGUGAAGGUGGAAAUUUACAAUGGCGGUAACAAAAGCUGGGGUGCUAUUGCAAACUGGACAAGGGCUAUGGUGGACCUUGGUAUUUACACUAUAUCAUCUAUAGAGCAAGCAGAAGAACUACUUAUGGCUGAAUCUACAAUUGUUUUGGGAUUUUUUGACUCUUUAGAGGGCCUGGAGAGUGAACAGCUUGCUGCCACCUCGAAACUGCAUACUGAUGUCAGAUUCUAUCAGACUGAUAGUGUUUAUGUUGCAAAGACAUUUCAGAUUGACCCUGAAAUCAAACGCCCUGCUUUAAUCUUGCUGGAAAAAGAGGCUAAAGAUCUUAGCAACUUUAAUGGUCCAUUUACCAAAUCAGCAAUAGCCGAAUUUGUUGCUGAGAAUAAAAUUCCUCCUGUGACCACUUUAACUGAUGAAAAUGCUCUCUUGAUUCUUAACUCCCCCAUGAAACAGCUAUGGCUUUUUGCCCUUACAAACGAUUUGAAGGUUACAUCAAUAUUUCAAAAGGCAGCCAAAACUUUCAAAGGAAAGCUGCUCUUUGUGUAUGCGCAAGUGCAAAUGGAUUCCGAAGGUGUCAGGAGACAAAUUGCUCAUGAUUUUGGUAUUUCAGGUCAUACUCCAAGGGUUGUAGCUUACACAGGCAAUGUCGAUGCCAGGAAGUUGGUAUUGAAGGAUGAAUUGACCUUAAGCAAUAUAAAGUCAUUUGCAGAGAAUUUCCUAGAAGACAAUCUUUCAAGCGAGUCUGAAAAUUUCAGAGACUCUUCUUCAACUUCCAUCAUUGGAACUGUGACUCCAUGUACUGAUUCUGAUGCAUCUCAUCCAACCUUCUUCAAUCACUGAACUGCAAAGCGCGGGAUAUGUACAGAAGAGUUGCCUUCUGUAAUAAACUUUGAUGAAAUUAUUUGAACCAAGUCAAACUCAGAAAAGAUGUUUCACUGAUUAAAUUUCUUACU